GGAACGGGGAAGGGGGCAAUUACCAGAAGUUUGAGAAAUCAAUGUUUAUGCCAUCAGGUUGGAUGCUACCCAGACAGAAUUUAAGGUGUUGCUCCUCCAACCUGAGUGUGGCCUCAUUGCAGCAGCAGAGGAGGCCAUGGACUGACAUGUCAGAAUGGGAGUGGAAGUGGAAUUGAAAUGGGUGGCCUGCUAUUUCUGCUCCUAAUCUACAUUGAGUCUCACUGAUAUAAAGGAGGCCACGCUGGGAGCACCAGAUACAGUAGGUAACCCCAACAGACUCACAAGUGUUGCCUCACCAGGAGGGAAUGUUUGGGGCCCUGAAUGGCAAUGAGGGAGGAGGCCGGAAUGGCACUCGUUCUGCUUGCAAGGGUAAGUAGCUGAAGGGAGCUCAGUGGUGAGGGAUAAAUGGACAAAGCAGCUGCAUCGGAAGCAAUCACUGCAGAAAGUGGGAGGUUGCACACAUCUAUAGAAGUUUGUCAAAAGUUUUAGAUGUCAUCCCAAAUCUUCACAAACAUCUAAGGAAGUAGAGGCACUGCUAUGCUUUCUUCAUAAUUGCACUUAUGCGCUGAGCCCAGAAUAGAUCUUCUAAAAUAAUAACACUGAGGAAUUUAAACAUUACUGACCCUCUCCACCUCUGAUCCCUUGAUGAGGAGUGGCUUACGAACCUCUGGUUUCCUACUCCUGAAGUCAAUAAUCAGCUCCAUGGUCUUGCUGACAUUGUGUUUGUUUAUCGUGGCACCACUCAGCCAGAUUUUCAAUCUCCGGCUUAUAUUCUGAUUCAGCUUUAGAUUGGCCUAUAACACUGAUGUCAUGAGCAAACUUAAAUAUGGCAUUGGACCUGUGUUUAGCCUCACAGUUAUAGGUAAUACAAGUAGAGCAGGGGGCUAAGCACUCAGCCUUGUGGCACUCCAGUGCUGAUGGAGAUUGUGGAGGAGGAGAUAUUGUUGUCAGUCUGAACCAGUAGGAUCUGCAAGUGAGGAAACUGAGGAUCUAAUUGCACAAGGAGGUAUUGAGGCCAAAGUCAUGAAGCUUAUAGAUUAGUUUUGAGGAGAUUAUAGUAUUGAAUGCUUGAUUUGUAGUCCAUACAGAGCAUCCUGACGUAUGCACCUUUGCUGUCCAGGUGUUCCAGAGUUGAGUAAAGAGCCAACAAAAUUGCAUCUGUUGUGAACCUGUUGUGCUGGUAGACAAAUUGGAGUGGUUCCAAGUCACUUCUCAGGCAGCAGUUGAUGUGUUUCAUCACCAACCUCUCAAAGCAUUUCAUCACUGUGGAUGUAAGCGGUAACUGGACAACAGUCAUUGAGACCUGUGCAUCAUGCCUCUAGACUAUCCAAUUCUGUCAACAUAUUGGAACAAUGUUAAUUUGCUGAAAAAAGCAAUUUGUUAAGAUGAAAAUAGUUGCUGUUGUUGAGUGCCGUCGAGUUAUCAUUGACUCAUGGCGAUGUUAUGGAUAGUGUAUUUGUCCAUAGUUUUUUUGUGACAAGAUACAGAGGUAGGUUGCCAGCCUUUCUUCUGUGCAGAUACUGUUGCUGCCCAGGUUGGGACACAGCCGGACUUGAACUCUGGGCCAUCCAGCUCGAACCAGUGAUGAGGUCACUACACCACCGGCUAGCCCAUACAAUAGUAACUAUUAUUUAUUUAGAGAUACAGCCUUUGACCCUUUGUGCCACUCUGCCCUAUACUCACUAAUGUAACCCUAGCCUAAUCAUGGAAUAAUUUAAAAUAACCUACGGUCUUUAGAUUACAGGGGGGCUCUGAAGCACCCCACACACACGGUAAGGAACUUGCUCACAAAGGAUGUUGAAACUGAAGUCUGUUGCCCCGAGCUGUAAUAGCAUCACACUAACUGCUAUAGGCCUCCCUGGAUUACAACAGGGCUCCAAUCCCAAAAACUGUCUGUAACCAAAACAGUUUGUAAGCUCUCUGAAAAUAUACUUGCACAAAAAUAAGGGCCAACCAGAGCAUUUAACUCAGUCACUCAAAUGUCUCUGCAAAAUGCAGUGAUGUUGCCUCCAACCUAAUUCCCACACAGCACACGAUGUCUGAGGCCCAGGAGCAACUGGCAAAUCCAUCCUAUACUCAAAUGCUUGUUCAUAUGUACAGGUUGUCCUUAAAUCAGGCAUUCAUAAUCUAGGGAGGACCCGUAUAUAAGUAAUACGAAUUUUAAAAAAAAAGAAUUGCAAGUGAAUAAAAGAUUGUCAUAAACUGCUUUACAAAUAAGUGAAAUACAGCAUUUUCUGAGCUGCAGUCACUGUUGCAGUCUAAAAAAUGACUUCCUAUUUUUCCCUAAAGAAAACAAACAAAUUGCAACAAAAUAAGUAGCAAAAUCAUUUUGCAUCUUAAGUGUUGGUUAAGGCGUAAAAGUUGUCCAGGUUAUGGUAGAACUCCCUCCUUCCUCUCCCCAUUGACGUUGUCCAGCCUAAAGCAAUGGAAGAUUGCAAAACAUAAAAUAAUAUUUAUAACUCAUGACCCUUAAAAGUAAAAAAAAAUAUAGGUACGUGAUAUUAUAGAUUGACCAUGAUGCACUUCAUAUCAGAACUGGCUCGAUUGGAGUUGUAUUAUCUAGUCUAUGUACCAAAGAACGAAAACUCAUUUAACCACAACACCUUUCUAAACAUAGAUAUGCUUUGCCUUUUAUUGCAGUCAGCGUCCAGCGCAGUCGGUUCUAGUUCAGUGUGUUCACGGCUGGCCCGUGCGAUUCAGCUCUUUUCGAUUACAAUUCCAUUCACUCGUUACAAUUUCUCUGCACUCCACGGGCUUCUACAUUGUUGUUUUGUUUUGCAGUACAAGCCCCCAUUCUCAGCUCAGCAACCUGUGUUCAAGUGCCUACAGAUAGAAGUAUCCUGCGUGUUACGCCGGAUUUUGUUAAAGAAACGCGCCUUGUAACAGAUUAAUCAAGAGUCCCCACAUAUGAUUGGAGGCUGAGUCGUAAGAACUUGAUCAGGGAAAAACAGAAUUUACUUUUUAUCCAGUUAUUGACGUUUCACUGGAAUGGAAUCGGCUGAGGAACAGGAGUCGGAACAGGAUUUUGGAUAUGAUAUCGAGCUAUUUGUAAAUGCCCCAGAUCCUGAAUUCAUCUGUACUAUCUGCCACGGCGUGCUCAAAGGUCCCGUAGAGCUCUCCUGCCAACAUGUCUUUUGCAAAGGCUGCAUUUCAAGCUGGCUUGUGAGGAAGCAUGAUUGUCCAUAUUGCAGGAAAAAGGUGAAAGGUGUGACUCGAUCUGUGAUACCUAUGAUUCACAACAUGAUUGGACGACUAAUAAUGAAGUGCGAAAACAAAAUCUAUGGUUGCCGGUAUACUUUUCCACUCGAACAGUAUGAAAAGCACAAAGCUGCUUGUGAAUAUAGAAUAGUGAGCUGCAGGUAUGAAGGGUGUGCCACUGAAAUGUUUCAUAAGAAUAUUGCUGCUCACGAACAAGUUUGCGAACAUUGGAACCAGCCAUGCAGGAUGGGAUGUGGAGUCCAACUUACCCGGAACCAGCUAGAGGAGCACAACUGUUACAGGGACACUAAAAGAAAAUACAAGGGAAAGAUUACAGUUCUUAAAAGGCGCUUGAGUUGCAUGCACCAUCGUUUAAAGUUAGUGGAAGAAAUUCUGCAGAAUUUGACUGCAGACAAUCACUUACAGCUGUUGGAAUCAUGCGUUUGUGAAGAUGCCGGCAACCCCACAGAAGGCCAAGAAAAAGGUAACAGGAACAUACUUAAUGCUUUGGAAUACUGUGAAAAUGAAAGUCAGUAUUCCAGGAGUUUUGUAUCAGCUUUGGAAAUGGCAAAAACACCACCAGUGGAUGACGGUGAAUUGGGAAGAAGAAUUCAUUGAUUAAUUGAAUAUAAAUGUUUGGCAGUUCAGGCUAUCAUCUGGGAUCAACAAUUCAAACUGAUGCCAAAACCCAAGAGCAUAAUACUACAGAUGCUGGAAAUACAACUGAUCGUCUGAAGAUGAUCAAAGUUUUAGCUUGAUAACUUCUCAUCUUCUGCAAUUUCAAAACGUCUAACGUUUCCGGUUCAUAUCAGGGAAGGUUAGAGAGAACAAAAGUUCUGUGAAGGAGUGAAGACCAGGACAGCGAAUGAAUGCCACAAGUAGCAGCUCUACUGGUUGAAAGGGUUUGAUAAAGUAAGAAACACUACAUGUGAAGAUUUAAAAAGCAGAUUAGUUACAAAUAGAUCAAUUCAAUCAUUGUUUUUACUUUUAAAUACAUAUGAAGCAUUGGACAGAUUGAUUAUCAGAAUCAAAACAAAUGGGAUCUGGUAAUAGGUCACCAUUCCUCUUUUGAAUAUAAUUUUUUUUAGGUUUAAUGAACUUGAAGUAAAGGUUUUUCUGUCUGAAACUGAAUUUCUCUAUCAGCAGGCCUAUCAGCCUUGAGAUUUCAGAUUGUUCUAAUGUUUAAAAGUUCCUCUUGUGCAACAGAAAAUCUACUAGGGAGCCUUCAAGUGGAUAAGACGAUUACUAAAUUGUAUAAUACCACAUCUGUAUUCGAAUGUAAAUUGUGGGUCAGAUGAUACUUUCAAAACAACUGUGCCAAAGAUAUUUUCUUUUGAAGACAUGCAUAUUCUUCUGAUUGGAUAUGUAGUUACCCCAUGUGUUCUGUUUUGUCCUAAAUGUGAACAUGAGUUUAAUAUUCACAUCUGCUUCUAUCAGUUUGAUGACCAAGAUGCAGUUUUGAAUCCCAAUUCAAUUUAAAGAAGGGAUGAUAGUUCUUGAUAUAUUUUGAAUUUUAUUACAGGAUCAUAUGGGAGGCAGGUAAAAAUUAGCAAUAAAUGCAAAGCUACAAUUAUAAACCAUUGUACUACUUAAAUACAUUUUAAAGGAUUCAGUUAUCCAUUAAAAUUUUGUUAAUUGAAGUCAAUAAUGAGAAAUUAUAAAUUAGUCAAAUACUUCCAAGGACAAUUUGGUGUAUUCUAAAAUUAAACUGUUAAGAAAGCUGCUAAAUGCAAAUUAAAGCUUUCAAUUUACCAAGAACAAAAUCUGUUGCCAAGUGCAGGUAAUAAUUACUUUCUUUCAGUGAACUUACUUUAUUGUAGUUCUGUACUGUAGAGUAGUAGUCCAUCUAACUAACUUAUCCAUAACUUAAGAAAACCUGGGGAAGGGCUGGCAUAUUAACUGGGCUGAUUGCAGUAAUCGUUGCUGGUUGAAUUAAUGCAAUCUGUUGCCCAUUUUAACCAUCAUCUAAUUGAAAUAUACCCGCGUUUUGUAUUAAAUGUUCAGUUUUUUAAAUCUACUUGUACAUUGCAAUUGAAUUAGAAUUUUCUUAAGAACAACUUAGUCAUGAGUACACACUACUUAACCUUAGGUACCUUUUCAUUUGUUCAGACAAGCGUUUGAAUUUUCACUUUUUUACAUAUUUAAAUCUAUUUGUCACAAUUUUGACUAGCAAACAAGCAUUUGUAAUUCAGAUAAAAUAUAAAAAUUAAUUUGCAGCUGCUUUAAGAUUCAAUGUGUCUAAUUUUUCUGAAGAUGUUGCGAAGAACUUCAAGCUGUUUAGUUUAUUUUUCAGGUGAAUCAGAAAAUAUUACUGAUGGAGUGAUGGAUGAAGCACAACACACAAAUGAGGACAGUAUUUCCAUCAGUUCCACUUCUAGCAUUGAACAAGAAUCCAGUCUAUAUGGAAACAACACUCAUUUGUAUUUUGAAACAGAUGAUG